CAGAAGCAUGUUUUGAACGUAGUGUUAGGUUAACAGUGAACUCGGAACACGUGAUUUGAAAUGUAUUCCCUGUUGUAAGCAUGAUAAUAUAUUGUUUAGCUAGCGUCUCAAGCAGUUUAAAAGUGUCCAAGUACUUCACUGCUAAUUGACGGUAGUUAGCUAACAACAUUGAGCCAACUAACUAAAGCUAACCAACUGCUUCAGUCACACAACUUAUAUUAUUUGAAAGUACCUGCUCAUACAAGAAUUUAACUUUGUCCAGUUCCCGUGCGCUAGCUAACUAGUCAUGUUUAGUUGAGCAACUGGAAAUAUGGCUGGCUCUGGAGCCAGUAUUUAACGCUAGAACUUUUUCUCAACAUAACUUGUGAUCAGCAGCAAGGUGAAAUGGCCGCUGUGGAGAGCGGUGGAGGCUUCAGUCAAAAGCGAAACACAAAUUCACAAGACUCACAGCAGCCAUCUCCUCUUGCCCUGUUGGCAGCCACUUGCAGUCGAAUUGACACUCCUGGGGAGAACGAUUCACCCUCAGACCAACAAAACCAGCAGCAGCAGCUGGACCUAAACCAGGGUGUAUUCACCUCUAAUGCCAAUGGCUGGCAGGUUAUCCCCCUGAGCGUUCAAGCAUCCUCAGGCACUAACACCAUCACCACUGACUCCUCAGGAAUGAUGACAGGAGGAGACGCUGGCAAGAGCAGACAGGUGCUGUCACCAUCAGUAGCUGCUGUAAGCAGUCAGGGACAGCAGCAGCAACAGCAGCCACAACAAUAUGUAGUAGCUCAAGCUCCAUCGAUGCCAGGUCAGCAGGUCCUUACCACCAUAUCAGGUGUCAUGCCCAACAUUCAGUACCAGAUUAUUCCCCAGUUUCAGACAGUAGAUGGCCAGCCACUGCAGCUGGCACAUACUCAGCAGGAUUCUGGUGUGCCUGCAGCUGCAGCACCGGGACAACAGUUUCAGAUAGUGUCCUCUCCUAAUGGCCAACAGGUCAUAGCUGCAACCAACAGAGCUGGUGCUGCAGGAAACAUUAUAACGAUGCCCAGUCUCCUUCAGGGGGCCAUCCCCAUUCAAAAUAUAAGCUUAGGCAACAGCGUGUUACAAAACCAGCCCCAGUUCCUGGCAAAUAUGCCUGUGUCGCUAAAUGGAAACAUCACUUUGUUGCCCGUCAGUAGUGGAACAAGUGGCACAGGGGGAGAUGCCGCAGGUGGAGGGGAUGCAGGGGGAAACCAACUUACGCAGCAACAGCAAUCACAACGGCCAGUGGCUUCCAACAGUGGAGCAGGUUACAUGACAAGUGCGUCCACUGUUACCACGCAGACUUCCACUUCUUAUGGAAUCACCCAAACACAGAGCAGCAAUGGAGUGAUGACGGGAACAUUCCAGCAGAACACAGCAUCUGCACUGGGUGUCCCAAUUCAGCCAGACAGCAGAGAUGGGCAGCAACCACAGCAGAUCCUUAUCCAGCCUCAACAGGUUAUCCAAGGUGGAACACCCCUCCAGACUAUCCAGGCUGGAACUGUUGCAUCCGCUGGCGGUCAGGUAUUUGCAGCUCCUACACUCAGCCAGGAAGGGCUUCAAAAUCUUCAAAUUAUGCCAAACACAGGCCCCAUCCUCCUGCGCACUGUAGGCCCCAACGGCCAGGUGAGCUGGCAGACCAUUCAGAUCCAGAGUCCAGCGGGCCCACAGAUCACGCUGGCUCCAAUGCAGCCUCUGCCCCAACUAGCACAGGCUCAGGGAGCUGCCGCAGGUGGAGGAGUAUCUGUCAACACUGUGCAGAUCCCAGGCAUCCAGACCAUAAAUCUCAAUACACUUGGAAGCUCCGGGCUGCAGAUGCACCAGCUGCAGACUGUUCCCAUCACCAUCGCCAGCACAGGAGGAGAGCAGGCCUUACAGACAGGCGGAGAAAGUUUAGAUGAUAGCACAGCUAUGGAUGAUGAGGAUAUAAGCCCACCACCUCAAGGACGACGUAACCGCAGGGAAGCCUGUACCUGCCCCUUCUGCAAGGAUGGAGAAGGACGCAGUGAUCCAACUAAAAAGAAGCAGCAUAUAUGUCACAUUUCUGGUUGUGGGAAGAUCUAUGGCAAGACAUCCCACCUGAGGGCCCACCUCCGUUGGCACACUGGAGAGCGACCCUUCGUCUGCAGUUGGUCUUUCUGUGGCAAAAGAUUCACCCGUUCAGAUGAGCUUCAGCGACAUAAGAGGACGCACACAGGUGAGAAAAAGUUUGUUUGCCCAGAGUGUCCCAAACGCUUCAUGCGCAGCGAUCAUCUCUCAAAACACAUCAAAACUCACUUAAACAAGAAAGCAGCAGCUGCCGCCGCUGCCAGCAAUGUAGGCUCGACUGACACUGCUUCCCCUCAAGCUGGAACAAAAGUUGAACCGGGAGCAGUUUCAGCCAGUGACCAGCACACCAUCGUCACCAUGGAAACCUUAUCUGUAGAGAGCCUGGCUCGAUUAACUAACAGUGGGAUCAACAUGAUGCAGGUGGACCUUCAACAAAUCAACGGCAACAACUAUUAAGGACGGUGGAGGAGCAGGAAGAUGGCCUUGGUGGAUGAUACAUUGGGACAUUUGGGAGUAAAAAGGGCAUGUUUGACUGCAGAUGAGCAACUUCUUCUCAAAGCGAGGAGAGUCAGGAGAGGUGGUGACAGAUGCAACACCAGCAGACACUAUUCAAUAUGAGAACUGAGGCAAGAAUAUGAUAUUCCAACAUGCAUUUAGAUAUCUGCAGCAUUUAGGGGUCGGAGUUGGAUUAAAAUGUUAGACUUACCAUGAAAUCUUAUUUCCCCCAAAUGGAAGUGGCAAUGCACUAACAUUUGUUCCACAAAAGGACCGAUUCUUACUUGAUAGUCAGAUUAGAGGAAAACACACAGAUCAGCACUUUCAGUGUCAUGUUGGUAGCAGGUAUUAUUCUCUGUACAAGUUUCUUGUGUAAAGAGAUGACACUACCAAGUCAGACUCUCACCCUUGUUUCCAUGGCUGUGAGCUUCGCUGCUUAUCCCUUUUAGCCUCAGGUGUCUCCUGCCCUCUUAAACUGGCCUGCUGUAUCAGACAUCAUGCCCUUCAGGCUAACUGGCCCGUUGUACUAAAUUCACCCCUAAUACUGAAAUUGCAAUGACCUUGAGCAGCAAAUAUCUGGUUCUCACAUUUCUGUUGUUGUUUUAGAAGAACCCAGCAGGUUCAAACUAACAAUCCUAGUGUCAUACAAAUAAUAUGUAAAGGGUUUGAGGGCAGACCAUUUAGAGGAGGGCUGGAAUACAUGUGGUAACGAACAGGUGAGAGCCAGAAGCACUAAUAAGUGUGAGGAUAUAGGUGUGUCAGGACACUGAAAUCCUGAGAAUAACUUCGUAACCUCUUAUGUAGGUACACUCAUUCAAGCCAUCAUGCUUUGAUGUAUUUAUCAUGGCAAAAACAUUUUGAUUUUUCUAUGUAUGUAUGUAUAUAUUUUUUGGCAAUGUUAAGCCUGCAGAAAUUCUUAGCUUAGGCAGGAUCCUCUUACAUGUUUGCAAGAGAUUGCCUUUCAGUUGUAUGGACCUCUCAUGCACAAUCAAUCUUAAUCCUAUGUUAUUACUUUUAUAUAUGUAGAUGAAAUGUGCUAAUUUACAAGCCUUUCAGUCAUAGAAUAAUGCAUUCUAUAUAGUCCAGAUCUUCCAGUAUGUUUUUCUGUGGUACACUUAUCAUCUGAGACUUUGCCUUGCAGUCCCUUCAGUUUUUGUUUUCUUUCUGUGGAAAAGUUUAUCUUGUUCUGUAAUAAUGUCCAGACAGCAUAAAUAUGUAAGCUCAAUACCAAAGGUUCAUACUCCGUUUAUAAACAAAACUAUGAAAUCUUUCUUUGGUCCAUGAACUUUGUAGUAAUUUUUACUCUUGUAAGGUAUAUGUUAAAGUUCUAACUGGAAAAGAUCCAGCUUGAGGCAAACCUCGGACACACAUCCCUUUGUUGUCCAAAUAAGUUGCAAAAUGUGUUAAGGGUCAAAGUUUUUCUGAAAAUAUGCGUCCUACGUGUUGAAAUUUUCUUUGCUUUUGAAUUCUGCUUUAAGAAAGAAUUGUAACUUGUAUAAUGUCAAAAUGUACAUUUAAAAGCCCUCCUUGGAAACUCUAUCAAAGAAAUUCUUUGGACUACAAGUGCUCUUAUUUUUUUUUUUUGCCCCGUUUUAAAUAAGGGAUUUUAUAUUGUGUGUGUAUACAACUACUGCAAAUGCCAACAGCUGGAUUAAAAUUAUAAAUAUA